AUGAAGAAACGCUGGACCAAUCUCCGUGUUAAAUUGCCUAUGUUUAUAUUUAUCUCACAAGGCAUUUUUCUUGGUCUUUUUGCGGCUUUUGUUACCUAUGAUGACCAUACCAACGCUUUGUUUCAAACCAACAAAACUAACCCAAUGGAGAAUGCCGUGUACAAAGACUAUCCAUUCUUCACAGACAUUCAGGUCAUGAUUUUCCUUGGUUUUGGUUGCCUUUUGUCAUUCUAUCGUACCUAUGGCUUUGGAGGCAUGGUUUUCAACUUCCUCACUGCUACUUUCACUAUUCAAUGGGCUAUUUUGGUUCAAGGCUACUUUCACUUCAGUCAUAAUGGUCAGAUUCACGUUGGUGUGAUUAACCUUAUCAAUGCAGAGUUUGCAUGUGCUGUUGUUUUGAUUUCAUUUGGGGCAGUCCUUGGGAAAACUAGCCCUUUACAACUGCUAAUAAUGUCAUUAUUAGAGAUACUAAUAUUUGGAACAACUGAGUGGGUUGUACUCAAGUAUCUGCGCAUCAACGACGCUGGAGGAUCAAUUUUGAUUCAUGUUUUCGCAUGCUACUUUGGGUUAGGAGUCACGUUUGUUCUGUACAGGCCUCAACUGAGCAAUGGACACGCCAAAGAAAGCACAAGCUACCAUUCUGACUUACUGUCCGUGAUGGGGACUCUGUUGUUAUGGGUGUUUUGGCCCUCUUUUAACUCUGCACUGACCCUUAAAGGCGAUGACCAACAUAGAGCCAUUCUCCAUACUUUCCUUGGAUUAAGCGCCUCGACUCUCACAGCUUUUGCGUUAUCAUCUAUGCUAAACAAAAACGGAAAACUCACAAUGGCUGAUGUGCAGAAUGUUACGCUUGCUGGAGGGGUGACUGUGGGUGCGUCUGUGGAUAUGAUGAUCUCCCCCGCAGUCGCCUAUGCGCUGGGAAUGGCUGGUGCAACUGCCUGUAUGCUGGGCUACAAGUAUUUAAGUCCCUUUCUUGCGCGACAUUGCCGGAUCCAGGAUCAGUGUGGCAUUCACAACUUGCACGGUCUUACAGGGCUCAUUUCGAGCGCAGCGGGAAUUUGUGCCAUUCUUUGGGCCAGUGAGGAGGUCUACGGGCCAAGUCUGUACGAGACCUUUACGCACACAGCUCCAGCGGAAAAGGACCCAAAACUGGCGGAACUCAAGCAGUUGGUACCAGGGUUAGUGCCUGGUUUAGGGAGGACUGCCCCAAAACAAGCCCUUUUCCAGGCUGCAGCAGUAGGACUGACAAUUGGAGUGUCCGUGAUUGGAGGGGUCUUCACUGGAUUCGUCCUGAAACUCCCAGGCCUUGCAGCUCCUUCGGAUGAACUGUGUUUUGAUGACGAACUGUUUUUUGAUGUUCCAUAUGACUAUGAAGCGCUACUCAAUAGGACCACAACAAGUGAGGACAAAGUUGCAUAAUGGACCCUAAGUGCAUGCCAAUCAAGAAAAUAAAUAAAUAAUAAUAAUUUUUAAUAAG